AUGGAAUCUCUUUCCAGAGCUAUGGUACACUACCUGAGACAUGACCCUAACGCUCCCUUAGAUGAUGCAGCAUCUGUUUCAGUGAACCACAUAUUGGAGAUCUUCAACAUCAACAGAGAUACCUUAGACACCAUCAUCAACCUACCUACAGAUAAGCAACGUCUCUUUCUCUCACCAUGCCACAACUUCAUACGUGCAGCAUCCGGCCACAGCAAUCCUGUCAGACUCCAUCUCCUGGGAUCUCCCAUCACCAACCCUUCAUCAGUAAAGAAUGGUACCCAUGGCACAUCAAAGAAGGCUUUACCAAUCAUCCAGAAAGAAGGACUACAGAAGAUGAACCGCCAAUAUAUACACUUUGCGAAGAACAAGACUUGCCUGAAGAAGGGAUCUGAUGUCAUCAUUACCCUAGAUGUACCAAAGUACCUACGAGCUGGGAUGAAACUAUACCGCCUUGACAAUGGGAACAUUGCAGCCAGUGGUAACAGAGACAAUCUUAUCAAACCUGUGUACUUUAAGUGUGUGACUAUUAGAUAG